AUGGUCGUGGACGUGGACGUGGACGUGGACGUGGACGUGGACAUGGACGUGGACGUGGACGUGGACGUGGAUGCGGACGUGGACGUGGACGUGGACGUGGAACGCGGACAUGGAGUGGACAUGGACGUGGACAUGGACGUGGACGUGGACAUGGACGUGGACAUGGACGUGGACAUGGACGUGGACAUGGACGUGGACGUGGACGUGGACGUGGAUGCGGACGUGGACAUGGACGUGGACGUGGAAGUGGACCUGGACAUGGACGUGGACGUGGACGUGGACGUGGACGUGGACGGGAUGGACGUGGACGUGGACGUGGACGUGGACGUGGACGUGGACAAGGACGUGGACAAGGACGUGGACAUGGUCGUGGACGUGGUCGUGGACGUGGACGUGGACAGGACGUGGACGUGGGACGUGGACGUGGACGUGGACAUGGACGUGGACAUGGACGUGGUUGUGGACAUGGACGUGGACAUGGACGUGGACGUGGACGUGGACGUGGACGUGGACAUGGACGUGGACGUGGACGUGGACGUGGACGUGGACAUGGACAUGGACAUGGACGUGGACGUGGACGUGGACAUGGACGUGGACAUGGACGUGGACAUGGACGUGGACGUGGACGUGGACAUGGGGACGUGGAAUGACGUGGACGUGGACAUGGACGUGGACGUGGUCGUGGACGUGGACGUGGACGUGGACGUGGACGUGGACAUGGACGUGGACGUGGACGUGGACGUGGACGUGGACGUGGACCUGGACGUGGACGUGGACGUGGACAUGGACGUGGACGUGGACGUGGACAUGGACGUGGACGUGGGGACGUGGACAUGGGACGUGGACAUGGACGUGGACGUGGACGUGGACGUGGACAUGGACGUGGACGUGGACGACGUGGACAUGGACGCGGACGUGGACGUGGACGUGGACGUGGACAUGGACGUGGACGUGGACGUGGACGUGGACGUUGACAUGGACGUGGACGUGGACGUGGACGUGGACGUGGACAUGGACCAGGACGUGGACGUGGACGUGGACAUGGACAUGGACAUGGACGUGGACAUGGACGUGGACGUGGACGUGGACCGGACGUGGACAUGGACAUGGACGUGGACGUGGACGUGGACGUGGACGUGGACGUGGGAUGGACGUGGACGUGGACGUGGACGUGGAUGUGGACGUGGACGUGGACGUGGACGUGGACGCGGACGUGGAUGGACGCGGACGUGGACGUGGACGGGGACGUGGACGUGGACAUGGACGUGGACAUGGACGUGGACACGUGGACGUGGACAUGGACGUGGACGUGGACGUGGACAUGGUCGUGGACGUGGACGUGGACGUGGACGCGACGACGUGGACAUGGUCGUGGACGUGGACGUGGACGUGGACAUGGACGUGGACAUGGACGUGGACAUGGACGUGGAUGGGACGUGGACGUGGACGUGGACGUGGACAUGGACGUGGACAUGA